AUGGCGGAUCCUUUGGAACCUCCGCCGGAUGAGCCGGGUUUUGGCUUGGAAGAAAUCGGCAUUCCAGGAAGGAAAUACCUGGCUGAAAGUCUUACAAAUUGUUCAGAUCCCAUGAAAGCGAUUGAAGAAUUCCAGGUGAGAAUCAACUCAUUGCCGAAAAAUUUUCGAAUGGGUCGGUCCGACUCCUUGGAAAACGGCAUAUUGGUUCCUUCCCUGCGACCAAUGCUUCCGUUGUUGGAUCUUCAUGGAGUCAAGCGAUUGGAGUUCCACGUGUCCGUAAUGGAGGCGCUGAGAGAGAAGCUGGUGGAGCGACUGAAUUCACUUGGGCAGUUGGAAGGCCCUGACAGAGACGCCAAAAUCAUGGAUUUGAUGAAAAAAAGCUUCCCUGUCGUGAAAAUCAAGCAGUUGCGUCCGGUUGUGAUGGCCAUCCUAAAAUAUGUCCCCAACAUUGAUCCUUUCUAUUUAAAUGUGCUGGUUUCCGACAAAGAACUAUACAGGGAUUGCGAGAUAGAAGUGAAACGGCAAAUGUGGGAGCGAAAUCAAAGCUUAUUUGGAGACGAAGUUUCGCCGUUGUUGUCGCAGUAUAUCCGCGAAAAGGAAAACGUGCUGUUCGAUCACGAAAAUUUAUCCAACCUCUUCUUCUCUCCGUCUCCGAAGAUGAGGCGUCAAGGAGAAGUUGUGCAAAAGUUGGCGAAGAUGCUAGGACGAAAUGUGCGAUUGUACGACAUGGUCUUGCAGUUCCUGCGGACCUUGUUCCUCAGGACGAAGAAUCCACACUAUUGCACUCUGCGAGCUGAGUUACUCAUGGCUUUGCAUGAUCUUGAAGUACAAGAAAUCACCAGCGUAGAUCCCUGCCACAAGUUCACAUGGUGUCUCGAUGCUUGUAUAAGGGAACGUGCUGUGGACAGUAAAAGGUGUCGUGAACUGCAGUGCUUCUUGGACACACUAAAGCAAGGACAAGAGGAAGUUCUCGGGGACAUAGCCAUGGUUCUUUGUGACCCGUUCUCGUUGCAUUUUUUGUCGAUUGCAGCGUUAAAAAUUUUGAACCAUUGUAUGAACCAGGAGGGACUUCCGAGGGAAAAUGCUAUCCUCGUGCUGCUGCUCCGGAUGAUGUCUGUUGGUAUGCGAGCCUGGGACAUGAUAGAGAGCCAAAUGUUCAAAGAACCGAAGCUUUCGGUAGGGAUUGUUACACGCUUUCUUCCUGCCCUUGUGUCCCUCUUGGUCGACGACCAAGUUCGGGCAGUGAACGCAAAACUGCCUCCAGAUGAGCGAGAAACGGCACUGGCAAUUAUUGAACACUCCGGUCCUCCACCAGAUGCCUAUUCUCAGUUUGUGCAAGACACCAGCGUCGCUGCUUUGUUAGCCAUGUACUACACUUUGAGUGUGGCACGGACCAAGGAUCGGACGGCACUUAUCCGGACGAUGGGAGUCGUGGCGUCAGCACACAAUUCCCGGGCCUUCGAUGACACGUUUUUGCAUUCGUUUGUGGCGUUGUUGGUGCCGAUGGUGUCGGAUUUUGCUCACGAGGACUUUUGCACUGCCGUGUUCGACGAGUUUUUCUUCACCAAUAUUGGGAGGGAGAAUGUGUGCAGACACGUGUUGAAGCUCGUGUGGUACGUGUUUCCCAAGUUGCCGGACACGAGGAGACUGGCGAUUCUCAAGGCCUUGCAACAGGGAACAAUGAAAAUUGUCAAGAAUCAUAUCCAGUCCACCAAUCAACUUCUGCAGACUGGUGACAGCCUGCAGACCAUGGGUGGGAGAACAUUGGUAUAG